AUGGAUACGGUCAACUUUCCAGAUUCUUUGCAAGAGUUUGCAGUGUCUGAAGCAGCCUAUCUUCGCCAACACCCCGAGUAUGACUGUUUGGUCACGGGUUCAAUUGUGUUCGACGAGGAAGGGAAGCUACUGCUAGUACAGCGUGCAGCGGAGGAAAGAGCAUUUCCUGAUCUCUGGGAGAUACCAGGGGGCAAAGUUGACGAUAGCGACCAGACGAUUCUACAUGCUGCUGCUCGAGAGCUGAAAGAAGAAGCUGGUCUUGACACGAUUCGGAUACUGAAGAAAGUCACGCAUUUUAUCUUCGUGGAUGAGAAGCCUGGCCGACGAACAACGACAUGGCUCAAGCUGGUGUUUGAAAUGUCGGUGCAAAGCGCAGAUAAUGUUGUGUUGGAUCCAACUGAGCAUCAGAAGUUCUUAUUCGCUUCUGAAGAUGAAGUUGUUCGUGACCAGGUCGGCGAUGUGAAGCUCAGAUACAUCAGUCCUGCGAACAAGGAUGUCAAAUUGGAGGCUUUCAAGCAAAGACGUGGAGAAGGAUGCGCGUGA